GGAUAAAGGCAUCGAGCCUGACAGAUAGUCAGCCCUGUCACACAGUAUAACCAUUAGGCCUCAGCCCUGAGCUUUAGUGACUUCCUCUCGGACACCCAGUAUCAUCCCGUGCCCUGUCCUCUCUCCUCUCGGUGUCCGUCCCUGGCUCUCUCUCUCUCACCCCCUGCUUACUCCCUGGAGCUGGGAAAAUGGCGGCCCCGGUCUGUGUCAACAUCCAGAUGCUUCUGGAGGCGGCGGAGUAUCUAGAGCGGAGGGAGAGAGAAGCCGAGCAUGGUUAUGCUUCCAUGUUGCCUUACAAUAGCAAGGAGAGGGACGGCUUGAAGAGGAAAAGCAAAUCAAAGAAAAGCAGCAGUAGUAGGUCAACCCACAAUGAAAUGGAGAAGAACAGACGUGCUCAUUUGAGAUUAUGCCUUGAAAAGCUAAAGAUGUUGGUUCCCCUUGGACCCGAAUCCAACAGGCAUACCACACUAAGUCUAUUAAUGAGAGCGAAGUUGCACAUUAAGAAACUUGAAGAUUGUGACAAAAGGUCUGUGCACCAAAUAGAACAAUUGCAGCGAGAACAGCGGCAUCUGACAAGGCAGCUAGAAAAAUUUGGGGUGGAAAGGACACGCAUGGACAGUAUAGGGUCAGCUAUGUCUUCAGAAAGGUCGGACUCGGACAGAGAGGAAAUUGAUGUGGACGUAGAGAGCACAGACUAUUUAACUGCAGAACUGGAUUGGAGCAGCAGUAGCAGUAGCGUGAGUGACUUGGAUGAGAGGGAAAGUAUGCAAAGCAUCUGCAGCGAUGAAGGAUAUUCCAGUUCCGGUCUUAAGAGUAUAGGACUACAGAACAAUCCCAAAUCCAUUGCUCUUUAAACAGCCAAUCAGAGAAGAUACAAAGGGGAGGGGGGAGGAUGGUUAAGAGAUUUCUAGCAGUUCUUCACACUACUCCCAAUGCUCACACUGUUAUCUAGCAACCGGCUUUCACACCAUUAUCUUGCACGUGAACUUGUAAACUCAGACCUUCUUCCAGCAGUCUGUUCCCUUCCCCCCUUUUCCUAAGGAGCUGUAUGGGUUUCAGUUUACACUCUAUAUCGCUAUAUCAACCCAUCAGCCAAAUCUGCUCGAGGAGACCACAUUCCAGAAUCACCAGGAAGCACUCAAGAAGAAAACUAUCUAUAUUAUUAUGUAUGUUAUACUGGGAGCAAGAGUAACCUACUGGAAAUGGUUGUUGGCUUGAUAAACAAAAUAACAAUAUUUAUCCAGCUGGUACCUGGUCUGUAGCCUGUACAAAUGGCCCAGUUAAAACAUCAUAGUAUCUCCCAGCAACACCAAAACUUUUUUUUUUUUUCUGCAUCACUUCACAUCUGGAAAUGGUAUGAAGGAAUACGUCAAAAGAAUCUUGCUUUACAGCAAGAACUUUAGUUUACAGCUACUAUAAUAUCCAAUAAGAAGCCACCAAGGAAAUCUGGAUGGGACUUUGAGUCUUGAUUCAGUGAUUUUGGCUUAGAACAGUGAGAAUGCUGCUAUUGUAUUUUUUCACAGAAUCGUGCAUCUAAUGCACUGGACCCAGCACAGUCAAAAUUGCAAAGCUGGCGCCUUCUAGCCUUGAUUCGGAAAUCUAUAAAGCCACCUGCUUUGUCUGCUAUAUUAUUACAUUGUGUUUUUUAGUUA